GAAUAAGACUGAGUCCUACUCUGUGAGAUUUAUAUACCUGGACCAUGAACUUGCUGUUUGGCUUCAUGCUUUAGGAACCUUUGUAGUAACUGUGUGAAUCUGUUGGGAAUCAUGGCAUUCUCUCCAUGGAAGCUGUCCUCUCAGAAACUAGGGUUUUUUCUGGUGACUUUUGGUUUUAUUUGGGGAAUGAUGCUUCUGCAUUUUACUAUUCAGCAACAAACACAACAUGAAAGCAGUUCAGUCCUGCGUGAGCAAAUUUUGGAUCUCAGCAAAAGAUACAUCAAAGCAUUAGCUGAAGAAAAUAAAAAUGUAGUUGAUGGGCCUUACGUUGGGACAGUGACAGCAUAUGAUUUGAAAAAGACACUUGCUGUCCUGUUGGAUAAUAUCUUGCAGCGCAUUGGGAAGUUGGAGUCCAAGGUGGAAAAUCUUGUACUUAAUGGAACAGGAGCAAACUCGACCAACAAUACCACCACUUCUGCUCCCAGCUUAGGAGCAGCUGAAAAGCUUAAUGUAGCAGAUCUCAUAAAUGGAGCCCAGGAGCAGUGUGAAUUGCCUCCUAUGGAUGGUUUUCCUCACUGUGAAGGGAAAAUAAAGUGGAUGAAAGAUAUGUGGCGAUCAGAUCCCUGUUACGCGAGCUACGGUGUAGAUGGGUCCACGUGCUCCUUUUUUAUUUACCUCAGUGAGGUUGAAAAUUGGUGUCCUCGUUUACCUUGGAGAGCAAAAAAUCCUAAUGAAGAAACUGAUCAAAAAACAGUGGCUGAAAUUCGGAUCAACUUUGAUAAUCUGUACAAAAUGAUGUCAAGGCAUGAGGAAUUCAGGUGGAUGAUGUUGCGCAUCAGACGAAUGGCUGAUACCUGGAUUGAAGCCAUUAAAUCACUUGCAGAAAAACAAAAUUUGGAGAAAAGAAAACGAAAAAAGAUCCUUGUACAUUUGGGGCUUUUGACAAAAGAAUCUGGAUUCAAGAUUGCAGAAAAUGCGUUUAGCGGUGGCCCUCUUGGUGAAUUAGUCCAGUGGAGUGAUUUAAUUACAUCUCUGUACUUACUGGGCCAUGACAUCAGGAUUUCAGCUUCACUGGCAGAGCUCAAGGAGAUUAUGAAGAAGGUUGUAGGUAACAGAUCUGGCUGCCCGACCCAGGGGGAUAAAAUUGUAGAACUCAUUUACAUUGAUAUUGUGGGACUGACUCAGUUUAAGAAAACCCUUGGUCCAUCAUGGGUUCAUUACCAGUGUAUGCUGAGAGUUCUGGACUCCUUUGGGACUGAGCCAGAGUUUAACCAUGCCCAUUAUGCCCAGUCUAAAGGCCACAAGACACCAUGGGGAAAGUGGAACCUCAAUCCACAACAGUUUUAUACAAUGUUCCCUCACACUCCAGAUAACAGCUUCCUUGGAUUUGUGGUAGAGCAGCAUCUGAAUUCCAGUGACAUUAAACACAUUAAUGACAUCAAAAGGCAGAAUCAAUCUCUCGUUUAUGGCAAAGUAGAUAAUUUCUGGAAGGAUAAGAAGGCUUAUCUGGAUGUCAUCCACACCUAUAUGGAGGUCCAUGGAACUGUUCAUGGGACAAGCACCAUGUACAUUCCUGGCUAUGUAAAGAACCAUGGAAUACUCAGCGGGAGGGAUUUGCAGUUUCUGCUGAGGGAAACCAAACUGUUUGUUGGUCUUGGAUUUCCAUAUGAAGGGCCGGCUCCUUUGGAGGCUAUUGCCAAUGGAUGUGCUUUCCUAAAUUUAAGAUUUAACCCACCAAAAAGUAGCAAAAACACAGAUUUUUUCAAAGGCAAACCUACACUCCGAGAGUUGACAUCUCAGCAUCCCUAUGCUGAAGUUUACAUUGGGAAGCCCCAUGUGUGGACUGUGGACAUCAAUGAUCUUUCUGAGGUUGAGAAGGCCGUGAAAUCAAUUUUGAAUCAAAAGAUUGACCCUUAUUUGCCCUAUGAAUUUACCUGUGAGGGAAUGCUUCAGAGGAUGAACGCCUUUAUUGAAAGACAGGAUUUCUGUCACGGGCAGGUGAUGUGGCCCCCAUUAAGUGCCCUUCAAGUCAAAAUUGCUGAACCUGGAAAAUCCUGUAAGCAGGUUUGUCAGGAAAGCCAGCUCAUCUGUGAGCCUUCCUUCUUCCAGCAUCUUAACAAGGACAAAGCUCUGCUUAGGCAUAAUAUCGAAUGUCUCACCAUGGAGUCUGCAAAUGAUAUCCUGGUCCCCUCUUUUGAUGGAAGGAGGAAGCACUGUGUUUUCCAAGGUGACCUGCUACUGUUCAGCUGUGCUGGCUCCCACCCUGCCCACAGAAGGAUCUGCCCCUGCAGGGACUAUAUCAAGGGGCAGGUUGCACUCUGCAAGGACUGCCUAUAGCAGCAGCAGGGCUGCUCCCACCUGGGGACAACCAGAGUCCUUUGGAGAGGAGUUCCUUAGUACUUCCUGCACUUUGGUCCAGGCUUUCCGCUGCAGGCAGAGCUAUCAUUGCUGGGCAGAAUUAUCUACUAAGAGAGGAGGGAUUCAUAAUAAACAGCUAUAACUGAUCUUUUCUUCCUGUAAGGACAUUUGCAGUGUCACUCUUCAGAUUCCUUCAGCGGUUUGCAAAGAGAAAUGAGUCUCGUGUUCGACAGUGAUUUGAAGAUGACUGCACAGAAUAGUUUGUAGAAAAUUUCCAGACCCAUCAAACUUCUGGUUUUGUUGUUUGGGUGAAGUGUUUUCUAUUUUUUUAAUGAGUUAGGACAUCCCCCAUCAUGGUUAGUAAAGGAUCUCAACUUCAUUCCAGUAGAAAAUUGAAAAAAGUGUGCUUGAGGGAGGGGAUGCUGGGGAAGGAGAGCUAACAUUUUAUUCAAGGUGCACUGGUUUGGGUACAGCUUUGGCUUGAAUGGCUAUAAAGUGGUUUACUUCACAAGAACUUGGAAUAAUGAGAGAGCUCUGUACCCUGCUAUUGGGUUAUUUGGGCCCAGUUUUGUUUUUUUUUUUUUCCUUUUUUUAAAAUUAAAUAUUUGUAUACAACAA